AUGGGUGAUGUUAUCAAUUUGGGAGCUGGAAAGGUGUUUGCAGGCAAGUUGGUAUUGUCAGCCAGUGGCACAUCAGACAACCCAAUCACACUUCAAAGUGCAUCCGAUACCAAUCCUGCAACAAUUGAUGGUGGCAACCAAAACUCUGGAUAUGUGGUCGCUGUCACUGGCAGCUACUGGAUUGUUCGCAACCUCAAGAUCACCAACGGACAAAAGGGAAUCAUGGACUGA